ACCCCGGUCAUAAUGUAGGCGGCGCAUGCAAGUGAAAGUUUGCCCAGGUUUAAUACAGCCACGGGAUAGAUUAGGGAUUCGUUUUCUGGCUCUUCACCACCAUAAAAGGACAGCUUCUUAUUGACGCGGAUCGCGAGGGGAAGCCUCCUCCCUCCCACCCUCCUUCCCGGUGCUGUCCACAUUAACUAGGAGGCGAGAGGGAAGUGGAAAGAAGGUCUCCUUGCAUCCCACGCCACUGACAACUCGGCACCCACAUACGCCUCCCCGGACCGCCAUCCGCGAUGAGCGCCCGCCGCCGCCGCCAGGAGGUCAUGAUCCGCUUGCUGCUCCUGCUGCCGCUGCCGCUGCCGCUGCUCCCGGGAUGUUUCGCCUUCAACCUGGACUUGGAGCAGCCCACUGUUUACAACGGACCCCAGGGCAGCUACUUCGGAUACUCGGUGGAUUUCUACUCGCCUGUGAAAAGCAUUGUCAGUGUCCUUAUAGGAGCUCCGAAAGCCAACACGACUCAACCGGGGAUAGUGGAAGGAGGAGCGGUGUACCUCUGCGGCUGGGCAGCAGGAGGCGCUCCUUGCAGCCAGAUACCAUUCGACAAAACCAAUAACAGGCUCAUCAGAUUGAAUGGAACAAAGGCACCUGUUGAAUUCAAAUCCAAUCAAUGGUUUGGGGCAACGGUCAGAUCACAUGAAGAAAGUGUUGUGGCUUGUGCCCCAUUGUAUAAUUGGCGUUCCUUUAAAUUGACUGAAGAGAAAGAUCCAGUGGGGACCUGUUAUGUGGCAGUUCAGAAUUUCAGUGUCUAUGCAGAAUAUUCUCCAUGUCGCUCUGAUCAGCCAGAUCCCGAGGGUCAAGGGUCUUGUCAAGCAGGAUUUAGUCUUGAAUUUACCCAGGAUGGGAACAUUGUGCUGGGAGGACCAGGAAGCUUUUACUGGCAAGGUCAGGUGAUUACUGCAGAUAUAGUUGAAGUUUUAAAUGGAAGUGACUAUAGAAGCUUGCUCCGAAGAGUGAACGGGGAACGCCAGACUGGAGUGGCUCUGGCUGAUUACGAUGACAACUACUUAGGAUACUCAGUUGCCGUGGGGGAAUUCACAGGAGACUCUGAACAAGAAUUUGUUGCUGGAAUUCCAAGAGGUGCUCAGGCAGUCGGAUAUGUUGCCAUUAUAAAUGCAACGGAUAUGACUUUCAUUCAGAAUUUUACUGGUGAAAAGAUGGCUUCUUACUUUGGAUAUACUGUGGCUGUCUCUGAUAUAAACAGCGAUGGACUGGAUGAUGUGCUGGUUGGUGCUCCUCUUUUCAUGGACCAGGAGUCUGAUGGGAAGCUGAAGGAAGUUGGGCAGGUUUACCUCUACCUGCAAGAGAAAGCAUUCCUCUUCACGGAUCCUCAGAGAUUGUUGGGAACUGAAAUAUUUGGAAGAUUUGGCAGUGCGAUAGCUCCUUUGGGGGAUUUGAAUCAAGAUGGUUAUAAUGAUAUUGCAAUUGGAAUGCCAUUUGGAGGUGAGGACAGAAGAGGCAAAGUUCUGAUCUACAAUGGCCAAAAUACUGGGUUAACCUCCAAGCCGUCACAGGUCCUGGAGGGCUUGUGGGCCUCUGAGUCAAUGCCAUCUGGAUUUGGUUUUACUCUACGAGGAGGGUCAGACGUAGAUAGAAAUGAGUACCCAGACUUGAUAGUUGGUGCUUUUGGAGCUAGUAAAGUUGCAGUUUACAGAGCUAGGCCUGUUGUGACAGUGGAAGCUCAACUGCUCCUGAACCCAUCAAUCAUAAACCCUGAGAAUAAAAGUUGCCAGCUGCAGGGAUCAGAGACCUUGGUGUCGUGCUUCACUGUGAAGGUUUCUGCAGCUGUGUCGGGCCAUGGCAUUCCGAACGUAGUAGUUCUGAAUGCUAACCUUCAGCUAGACAAACUGAAGCAAAAAGGAGUUGAGAGAACGCUGUUCUUUAAUUAUCACCGGCCGCAGCACACUUUCCAGUUAGUCCUCAGUAAAACGGAACAAAUCACCCUCCAGGAAUUUGUUGUUUAUCUUACAGAUGAAAAAGACUUUCGGGAUAAAUUAACACCAAUUACUGUGAGUUUAAAUUACAGUUUGGAUGAAUCUCGUCGUUCAAAUGAUCUUAAACCAAUAAUUAACUACUACAGUGAAACAUUCCUUCAGAAACAGGCGCAUAUUCUCCUGGACUGUGGAGAAGACAAUGUUUGCAUCCCAGCCCUUAAACUUUCAGCUGUCCCUGAUACACAUCAGGUAAUAAUUGGAGACGAAAACCCCCUCACUUUAAUCAUAAAUGCCAGGAAUGAAGGAGAAGGAGCUUAUGAAGCAGAACUCAGUGUCAGCAUACCAUCAGAAGCAGAUUACAUUGGGGUUAUUCGCAACGAGGAGGCACUGAGCAAGCUAAGCUGUGCCUAUAACAUAGGAAAUUCAACUCGAAUGGUCGCCUGUGACCUGGGAAACCCCAUGGCAGCUGGAACCAAUUUGUCGGUGGGUCUACGUUUCUCAGUUCAACAGCUGGAAAGGACGGAUACCAAUCUCAGCUUUUACCUGCAGAUCAAAAGUUCAAAUAAGGAUAAUCCAAACAGCAACCUUGUGCAGCUGCAGAUCAGCAUCAUUGCAGUGUCUCGGGUUGACAUUCGAGGGGUGUCCCAUCCUGAGCAAAUCUUUUUGCCGAACUCUGACUGGAAGAUUAAAGAUAGACCCAAGAAAGAGGAACACAUUGGACCUCAGGUUCACCAUGUUUAUGAAUUGCAUAACAAUGGUCCGAGUGCAGUCGGUGCUGCGGUCAUGGAAGUGGAUUGGCCAACACGUUACCGAGACGAGCAUCUCCUGUAUAUCCUACAGAUGCAGACGGAAGGACCUUUAUACUGCCACAUGAAUGCUACAAUUAAUCCACUCCACCUAGAGACUUCUGGUUCACCAGCUGUUGGGGAGCAUAUCACCUUCCGGGACCCUUCUACAACCUUACAUCACAUCACAAGACGACAAGUGAGGCUACCGCAACCGUUAAAGCAUGAUCGUACAAGAAUUCUGAAUUGCAGCAACGUUGAAUGUACAAAAAUAGUCUGUUAUGUUGAUCAACUGCAGAGAGGGCAGAGUGCGGUGCUAGAAGUUUGGUUUCGCAUGUGGGUUCAGACCUUCCUAAAGAGAAGGAACAAUCAUUACUCUCUGCAUUCUCUGGUGUCAUUUGCAGUGAAGGAAAUGCCAUACAAGAUCCAGCCAGAGGAAUUACCCAGUGCAAGUACAGUGAUAAGAACGUCAGUGAUUUGGGCCACACCUGAUGCUUCACUUGCUAUUCCCCCGUGGGUCAUAAUUCUAGCUGUACUGGUUGGUUUGCUGGUUCUGGCUAUUUUGAUUUUAGUCAUGUGGAAGUUUGGGUUCUUUGAUCGUGCUCGCCCACCUCAAAAUGACAAAACAGAUCAAGAACAGCUUCACCCACAAAAGUUGACAGAUGCCUGAGGACCAACGACAGCUGCUUAACCCAUUUAACUCUUACUUUAAAGAUGUCUCCACACCAUUAAGAAUUACUUCCAUGUAUUUACUUUUGGUCAUCAUGUAGAAGACAAUAUUAGGAGGAAAGUAACUUAGAGCAAAACAAGUUCACAGGGAAAGUCUAUUGUUGAUGGUGCAGUUAGGCAUACUGAGUUCCUUUGCAGUUACCAUUCUGCCAUGAAAACAGUAAAAGGCCUUUUACCUUGUCUAGGGUGGAUUUGUUAUUUUUAAGUUGUAUUGAUCAUCUUAAGGUAUUUUUUUUGAAGUGCAGGUGCUGUGCACUUUGUAAAUCAAAUAAAAUGAUGUCUUAUUUUGAACAAAUAGUAGAGGUCCACAGAAAGUCAGAAAUUUUCCAUGUUACAUGAGUCUCAUGAGUGUAAACUUCCAAAUGGACUACUAUAUUUCAUGAAUUAUGUAUUGCUGUCCUAGUUGGGCAGCUCUCCAGAAAUGAAUUGCAUGUAAGAAGCAUAAUUUCUUGCAAAGCAGUUGUGGAACUUACUUUCCUUGUUGGCAUUGCUAAGGUUAAGGAAGAAUUACCAAAUAAGCAGUUCUCGCUGCAAGAUAGACAGCUGCACCCAUGUACGCAUUCUUUUUGAAGUAACCAGGUAGAAAAUCCAGAUGAAUUAGACUAGCUUGAAAGAAGCAUUUGCAAAAUAGAUCCUUAAAUGUGGUACUUCAUUCAUUCUAUGGUUUUAUAAGGAAGCUGCACUCCUGAUGUCUGGAUUUUUUCAUGUGAAAUAAUCUGAAGUAUGGUGUCAUCCUGCACUGGUAGUGGGAGCAACAAAUUUUUUUACGUGCAAUAUUUUCUAUACGUAUUUAUAAAUUUCUGAAGCAUGUUUACACUGGGAUUUAGCCAUAUGUGAGCUUUACAUUUAAGGUUUUUAUAACUAUUUUAUGUAUUUUUUAUUGUAAUGGAGAUCUUUCAACUGUAUGAAAUAGUGACAAAGAAUUACAUAACCUCUUCACAAGCAUAAGCAAUUUUAAGAUGUAUCGUAGUUUUGUUUGCUAAUUUACACAUGUGCUAAGUUACUGACAUUUACAAAAUUACACAACUUCUGUGGAAAUCUGUAUUUAUGGGUUCUGUACCAUUCUGGAACAUUUCUCAUGUAAGUGCAAAAUAUCAACUCCAACAUUGGAUACUGUUGUACUAUAGAUAUAAAUUGAAAAUACAUUAUCAUAUGGCCAAUAGUAACAUGAUUUCACGAGAUUUAACAAUGCAGGAUCAGUUGUUAUUGACAAGGUUGUAAAUUUUUUGGCAUUUGGAGCAAAGAAUCCAAUUCUCCUGAUGUUACAUUUUUAAAAUUUACUGUAUGUAUAUCUGAUAAGCCUGUGUCGUAUACUUUGUAACUCAUAUCCAAUAAAACGGAGCAGUCAGACUGCUAUGUGCAUUUUAUCUGAAUUGCUAUUGUGGAAGAACUGAUAGCUGUAUUCUAUGUCUGAAUGUCUUUCUAUAUAUACCAAUGAAUAUUGUGAAUCCUUCUUUGUGUUCCCAAGAACAUUGCUGGAUCCCCUUUAUCUGCUAUUGGGUACUCUUGUUUUUUAAAGGAACUUUCAGAUUUGGCAAUCCUUCUCAAACUUGCCAUUGUUGCCAUUAUCCUUCUACGCUUUGUGUGCAUUUCAUUCUGAAGUGUCGUUUUGUUGGCCAGGGACAAGCACAGGAGCCCGGCAGUUUUGCAUCAGUCAAGUUAAGUGAGUGGGCAGUGCAGCAAUGGUCUCAGCAACAAAAACCAGGAUGCUGAGAGAGUGCUGCCAAUUCAUACUGGCAGCAGUGGCUCGAGAAUCGUACCAUCAUGAGAAAAUUGUAGGAUUGGAAAAGGGAUGCUUUGAUGCAUAAAUCGUUUGCACCUUUUUAAAUCUGGCAUGAUCAAAGCUGGCAUAAUGGAAAGGGAAAACGCACCUUAUUUGAACUGCACUGAAACCAGAUGUGCAAAGCUCUUCAGGACUUUGGACAUUGUGGGUUAUGUUUAGUUUAUACGAUAAAUCUGGUGUUGAGAGUGAUAUAAUGAAAGUUUCUGAGAUAAAAUAAGGAAUUUCCUGCAUAAAUCUACGUUGAGAGCUUUCACAAAUGAAGAUGAAGUUGAAAUUCAAUUUGCUCACACAUCUUGGGGGUAUGUUGAAAAACACAUAGCUUUGUCUUCUAUUGUCAAUUGAAAAAUGCCCGGUGUUAGUAACUUGCAACAGGAAUCAUAUGCUUCAGUUUUGUAAUGUGGACAAGGAAGAAUCAUUCUGACACAGAGUAAAUGAGCAGUUAGUCUAUGAUUUAAUCCCACUGUUGUUUUCUGUUUACUGUUAGUUGGUAGUUCAAUCCAUUUUCAAGGAAAUUUUAUUUUAAUUACCUUCAUAUAAACUGCACAAGAGCAGCCAGCAAACCAAAGAUACAAAAGACUGCAGAUACUGGGAUGAGGACGCACUAACAGUUUUUUGGUGCAACUCAAUGUGUCAAUCUGGACCUUUGAAAACAGAGUAUGGACCAGAAAGGUCAACAAUUCCUCUGUUCUCACAGGUGCUGCUCAACAUGCUGACUUCCUCCAGCAGAUUGGUUGUUGCAAUCAGCAUGUAUCCUGAUAGCUUUUUCGAAAACUGUUUUCUUUUAUUUUAACUGAUUAAUAUUUUUAAAUCACAGAGCACUCCAGUUGGCUAUUUAUUUAUUUACCGACUCAGUGCAGAGUAGUAAGUCCUUCCAGCCCUUUGAGCCACACCACCCCAGCAACCCCACAACCCUGAUUAACCCUAACCUAACCAAUUUGCAAUGACCAAUUAAUCUACCUGGUGCAUAUUGGACUGUGGGAGGAAACUGGAGCACCCAGGGAAAGAAAACCUUUGCAUUCCUUACAGAACAGCACUGUAAUUGAAUUCUGAACUCCAGAAUGCCCGGAGUUUACAUAUUCACAUAUUUUUCUUUUAACUCAAACAAACUUUCUUGCAAAAUUAAGAGAAUUAGCUGAAUUUCUCAUACUGUGCUAUUAUAACUGACCACUGUUUACUUCAAAAUAUUUGUUUUGAAAUAAAUCAAUAUUGAGAAAAAUAUUGAAUGUAAGCCAGUUGAUUUUAAUCUUCACCAUAAUAUUUAUUUGUGACAAUUUAAGAUGCUUUAUUUGUACUUUUUCCAGUGUUUAUCAAUGUAGAUUUAUUUUUUGUUUCUAAAAGGGUUUAUCUAACGAAUUUAAUAUUAAACACACAGCGCAUAUUUUCCUUGCAUGAAUAUAGUGAUAAGUCAAUUAUCAGGGGAGGACAGGGGAGCUUGAAGUAAGUGUUGAACGAACUUCCAGUAGAAGUGGUAGAGGCAGGUUCGAUAUUAUCAGUUAAAGAAAAAUUGGACAGGUAUAUGGACAGGAAAGGAAUGGAGGGUUAUGGGCUGAGUGCAGGUUGGUGGGACUAGGUGAGAGUAGUGUUCGGCACGGACUAGAAGGGCAGAGAUGGCCUGUUUCCGUGCUGUAAUUGUUAUAUAGUUAUAUGGUUAGAUAAAAACUUAUUUCACUGACAUAGGCAGAGCUCAUCAGCCAUGCAGAGUAAUUUUCUUUUUCAAUAUUUUUAUUAAUUUUGACAUGGAAGAGUACAGAGUACAUGAAGAUAUAUAUUAUAAGUCAAAAAAAGAUAAAAUAAUACCAAUACUUUAUAUUUGAGUCACACUUGCAAUCUCAUUACCCUGUAUUCAUGUAAAUUAAAUUGUAAUAUUGAAAUGUGAUAAUUUUAUUAUAUAAAAAAAAAAUCUAAACCCACUGCCAAGAUCGAAGCUGUUUGGUAAAGGAAGAAAAAAAGGAAAAAAAUUCCUUUUAAUAUAGUGAAAUAUGUUUUUAGCCAACAUCUGUACUUUAACAGCAAAUCAAAGGUUUUGAAAAUAGUUCAAAAAUGGUCCCCAGAAUGACUUUAAUUAAACAAGAUUUUGUUACAUUGUGGCCUCAG